UAUAGCAUCCAGCUGUAUGGUGAUGUUUGCCAACUGCCACCACGCAAAAGCAGAGUUCACCCAGGCCUAUUUUUCGUGAUAACAUGAACACUCUUCCCUUCUGCCUACUCAUUUGACGCCUUGGGUGCUAACUCAUUCCGUAGGUCUAACGUUCUGAAAUUAGGUGUAAGGAUUUCAUCCCAAUACCACUAUUUGUCGCAUGUCUCAACGUGUCUCUAAUGUUCUCCGUGAUCGCUCAUCCAUUUUGGGCCUGAACUCGUCGUCGGGGCUCAGCAAUUCACUUCCACUUGACCACAGCAUCCUACCGCAGCCCAAUCGCUUCUUCGACGACCUCGAAGGUCAAAAUGACACGCACAUGGACACUCUACAUGUCAAAUUGAGACAGCUGAAGGAUCUUACCGUUGGCAUCCGGAAUGAGGUACGCUCUUCCACGGCGCAAUUCGGACAGAUGAACGAUGCCUUCUCGGAAACAUCAGGAAUUUUAGCUGGUUCUUUCCGACGAAUGAACAACAUGAGUCAACGGCAGGGUUGUCAUUGGGUGGGGUACAUUAUAUUCAUGACGAUUGUUUUCUGGUUCUUUGUUCUCGUGUGGUGGUUGCGCUCAUAGCACUCAGAGUCUUUUUUUCAUCUUCUCAUUUGGCAGCGCACUUGCAGUACUGUUUCCUGGCAUUGUGGUGGUGUUCUUAGGUUAGCAUAGGGCAGUCAGGUCCUUAUAUAUGUUGCUAUAAUCGUGUUUUACAUUCCUUGCACAACGCUGUAUCCUUGCAGCUCACUCACAGCCCAUUUCACUCGUGGCAAAAUAUAGACCGCUUAGGUACAUUAUAUUCGAAUUGUUUUGUAUUUUUA